GGCCCCCAAAGAGAGCGUGCCCUCAUCUCCUCGCCCCUUGGCCCUCCCUGAGGGCCAGGCCCUGGCAGACACUACCAUCCUUCAGCCCCCCUGCUGCGUCCGUUGAGCGAUCCACAGGGGUUUCCCAUCCCUGCCAGGCCGGCUCCAGAGCAGCUGAUGAGAAGGGGGCCACUAAGUGUUUUCUACCUACCUGUGAACAGAAAAGAGUAUGAGGUGGCUCCAGGAAGCUCUCUCCUUACCCCUCAAGAACACCAUGUGUGCAUGCAUCCUCCUCCCUGUUUUGCACCCCUCCCGGAAGGCCGUGUCAGCUGCCAGGCUGCCCAAGAGCCUUUGCACAAUGAAGAGGUACCCGCAGUAGCAGGCCGAGUGGCUCGGCCUCAGCCCUUAGAGCCCGAGGAGCAGAGAGCUGCAGGCAGGCCCCGGCGCCGGAGAGACCUAGGCAGCCGCUUGCAGGCCCAGCGUCGAGCCCAGAGAGUGGCCUGGGCCGAUGAGAAUGAGGAGGAGGCCAUCAUCCAAGCCCAAGAGGAAGAAGACAUAGAGAAGCCAGUGGAAACUCACUUGUCAGGGAAAAUUGGAGCCAAGAAACUACGGAAGCUGGAGGAGAAACAAGCACGAAAAGCCCAACGUGAGGCAGAGGAGGCUGAGCGUGAGGAACGGAAACGCCUUGAGUCACAGCGUGAAGCAGAGUGGAAGAAGGAGGAGGAACGGCUUCGCCUGGAGGAGGAACAGAAGGAAGAGGAGGAGAGGAAGGCCCAGGAAGAGCAGGCCCAGCGGGAGCAUGAAGAGUAUCUGAAACUGAAGGAGACCUUCGUGGUGGAGGAGGAGGGUGUGGGCGAGACCAUGACUGAGGAGCAGUCCCAUAGCUUCCUGGCCGAAUUCAUCAACUACAUUAAGCAGUCCAAGGUCGUGCUCUUGGAAGACCUGGCUUCCCAGGUGGGCCUACGUACUCAGGACACCAUAAACCGCAUCCAGGACCUGCUGGCUGAGGGGACUCUUACAGGUGUGAUUGACGACCGGGGCAAGUUCAUCUACAUAACCCCGGAGGAACUGGCUGCGGUGGCUAACUUCAUCCGACAGCGGGGCCGGGUAUCCAUCACUGAGCUUGCCCAGGCCAGCAACUCCCUCAUCGCCUGGGGCCGAGAGACCCCUGCUCAGGCCCCAGCCUGACCUAGGCCUUCCCUCUUGGACUGAGAGCUGGCAUGGCCUACCUGGCCAUACAUCUUUGUUCCUUUUCACCAUCUUGGGGCAGAUGGAGUGUGGCCAGGCAGUUACAGAUUAAAGGCCCAAUCAGUA